CUAAACCGUGCCCCUGAAAUACACAAUAAGAUAGAAUGAAUUUAUAAAAUAAAACAUAAAAAAGUUCCUUAGCCCUAAUCUCUCUUACCCACCAUUUCUGCUAUGAUUCAACAGAUUUGAUACUGGGUUGAAACUCUUCGGUGCUGAUUGUAUGAUCAGAGGAUUUUUGCCAAGCAGCAAAUAAAUAGAAGCAGGAAACCCGUUCACAUGGAGAAAGAAGCGAUUGCAGCAGCAUCCCAAGAGGUUUCACAGGAAUUCAAAACCCUAAUUGAUUCAGAUGCUUUGGAUUCCAUGAAGCAGUUACAGCACACUAUAUUAGGGCGCCUGCAAGACAGUAAUGCCGUCCUUUCUCAUUUUAAUGACUAUUCAGAGCAAUGUUUUGCUGAGGUGUCCGGUGAUCUCUCUGCAAAUACGCGCCUCUUAAAGUCAAUGAAGUCAGACCUUGAUUAUAUAUUUCAAAAACUGAGGAGUCUAAAAGCAAAGAUCAAAGCCACAUAUCCCGAUGCAUUCCCAGACGAUUCAACGUUAGAAGCACUCGAUGCACGACCAGAUCUAGAAGUACCUCGGUAAAACUGUAUUUAAUGUUUUUUUUCCUUUUCAACUUCUUUCUGUGACAUUGUUAACUUUCUGUUGACGUAACGUGCCGCUAUUGUCAGAAACCAUGUAACCUACUUAUUGUAGAAGUGAGGUGUUAUUAUUGAUGGUUGUACUUA